AUGCCAGCAGAUUUUUUUUCAAAACAAGCAGAUCCUUAUGUUAAAGUAACUGUAGGAAAAGAAGUUCAUCAAACAACUAUUCAGAAAAAAACAUUAAAUCCACAUUGGAAAGAAGAACUUCGAUUUACAAUAGAUUCACAUAAUUUACCAAGCAUAAAAUUUGAAGUUUAUGAUUGGGAUAGAUUUAAAACUGAUGACUUUCUUGGAACAUGUCAACUUCCAUUAAAAAUGCCUAUUAAUGGAGAUGUUUGGUUAAAACUUAGUAUUCAAGGAAAAAUCCAUGUUAAGUUAGAAACAUUUAAAGGCAUUCAACAAUAUUACCCUUCAUUUCAAAAUGGUCAAAAUGGAAUUGCACUUAAAGUUAUGGAUGAGUCUACACCAACAUUAUACCCAACACAACAAUUUAAUCCUAAUUCAUUUGGAUUACAUAUUGAUAAAAAUGAAGCGUCUAAAUUCAAACCAAAACGAUUCAUUAAUCCUCAAUCAGAUUCACAUGUUUCUUCAACUGAAAAUUUCAAUAUAACUCAUCCCUUUGAACAAGAAAAUGUUGGGUGCAGUUAUUAUGCUUUAUCAUGUGGUAAGUAUGUCCAAUACUAUGGACCUUUACCUUCAGCACCUCCUUAA